UAUUUCAACCGGAAACCGAAUAGGCCUAGGGAAAACAUUAUAGAACUUAAUUUUCAAUAGCAUUAUAUUCUAUCCGAUUCGAGAGAUGCGCCAUGGAUCAGGAAAUGCUGCUGCCAUUGACAAACAAAGAUUUGUCCAAUCCUAAUCCCUUUCGCAUAUCUAUGGCGCGAAUUUUGCUGAUGGGUUUGAGUGUUGCGCCCGUUGCCUUGGCUUUUUUCCUUGUCCGCACCAUUAUCACGGAUCUUGAUGCUUCGACCUAUACGGAGUGCAAGGCUUUCAAUGUUAUACCCUCAGUCUCGUCUGUGGCCAAAUCGAAUCAGGUUGGUUGGAUUAUUGUUUCAUGGUGGUCUGCGACUUUUAUCCUGUUGACUGCUUCCCUUUAUACGCGUCUCUAUCGACGCAUCUUGCCAAGAACCGUGCGCUCCCUAAGUCGGAUCUUAACGGGAUCCCUAAUGCUGCACAGCUUCAGCGUUUUGGUCUGGGCGCACUUCGCCCAUAUAAAUGGCACCCAUCCUCUACAUGUGACCACUGUGAUUGUGCUUUGGAGCUCCGCUUCUGUAUUCCUAGGUGGCUCAUUUGCGAUUCGUAAAUACCAUUUUGCAGGUGGCGGAAUUGGCCUAAAGGAAGGAGACAACGACUUGCGGUUUUCGUAUUUGCUAAAGCGUAAGCUGGUCCUUACAUUUGUUGUCACAUUUUUGUUCAUGUGGCUCUGGUAUCUGUUGCACAUGGAGUUCUGUCCAUCAUUGGUUUACUCAAUUUUCGCAUUAUUCGAGUUUGUGGCUUUUUGGUCGUUCCUUUGCUAUUUGUGCACGGCUUACUUUGAUUUUUAUAAUGUCUAUAUAUGCCACGAUAAACGAUUGGGCUAUUACCUGAGUGAAUUUGAAACACAAUAAUAAAUUAUGCGUGUAUUUAUUGUAUAAAAAAGUGUAUAAAAAUGAUAAAAAGAUUAACAACAACAA